CGUUAUGUAGAUAAACACUUUCAAUGUGACCGCAGUGUUUUCCUACCUAUUAACUUACUAUCCGACUUUUAUCGCUAUCCACUAUCAGUACCUAUUAGUCUACCAUCAUGUCUACAUACAGCAAUCGGGAAUAUACGGACAUGAUACUUUCGUUAGGUGCGUGUGGUGUUAACGCAUCAGCCGCAGCUGAUCAUUACAGACACCGGUAUCCCAAUCGUCGACAUCCUGACAGACGUGUUAUUCAAAGAGCAGAACGAACCCUUGGCGAAUAUGGUUCUUUUGAAAAACUUAGACGACAUGGUGGUCGUCGACGACGCGUUAGUGUAAAUGUUGAAGAGCAAAUACUAAAGGACGUUUUGGAACAUCCUGACAUAAGUGCAAGAAACCUUUCUUUGCGGUAUAAUCUUAGUUGCUUCACUAUUCUUCGAAUUCUACAUGAAAACAACUUACAUGCUUAUCAUAUCACCAGGGUACAAGGACUCAUACUUCAUGAUAAGAUUUCGCGAAAAGCAUUUUGUCAUUGGUUGCUUUAACAGCAUGCCAACGAU